AUGUCAAAUAUAAAACAAGCAUCAAUACUUUAUAACACUCUUAAAAGCGAAUUUAAUUCUCCAAAUCCAGAUUUGAAAAGAUGUGGAGAAUAUCUAGCUAAGCUCAAGAUCGCAUUAUCUGAAAUGCAACUUUUGCUUCCGGAAGGAGAGAUUAAUAAUUCAGAUGAACUCCUUGUUGCGCGUGACAUAUUGGAGAUAGGUGCGUAUUGGAGCGUUCGUGCCAAAGAUAUACCAUCAUUUGAGAGAUAUAUAGCACAAUUAAACACUUAUUAUACUGAUUAUAGUUCAUUACUUCCACCUUCACAAUCAAUGUAUCCUUUAACGGGAUUAAAUUUAUUGAGGUUAUUAUCUCAAAAUAGAAUUGCAGAAUUUCAUACGGCAUUAGAGAAUAUUGAACCCGAACAACUCUUAGAGAAUAUUUACAUUAAACAUCCGGUUCAUUUAGAACAAUAUCUAAUGGAAGGUAGUUAUAAUAAAGUUUGGAAUUCAAGAAAUGAAGUACCUGCUCCAGAAUAUCUGUUUUUCAUUGAUAUUUUGAUGGGCACUAUCAGGAGUGAGAUUGCUAGUUGCAGCGAGAAAGCUUAUUCAAAUUUACCAUUAGCUGACGCUGCUACUUUGUUAUUUUUCAAGAAUAAUACUAAUGAACUCUUAAGUUUUGCGAGAGAUCGUGGUUGGAAUGUGAGUGAAGCUGAAAAGAAAAUACAUUUUACUACUAAAGAUGAUGAUCAUGUCGAAAUACCUUCGGAUAGUAUCAUUAAACAAGCACUUACUUAUGCUAGAGAAUUAGAACAAAUUGUUUAA